AUUCCCUCUUAAAUAAAAAAUUAAAAUUAAAACAAAAACAAGGCAAAGUCUUCAAAAUUUCUGUCCUCUCUGUAAUUCUAUUUACGAUUGGAGCCGAACGUAGAAUUUUUUUUCUCAUGGAUUCCCGGCAUUUUCUCGGAUUUUUUGUUCUUAUUUUCCUUCAUUUCUGUUUGGCUUCGGCUGAGAUUAAUGGAUUGGUGCUUAAAAUGAAAAGAGAAACUUCUUCUGUUCUAUUCGAUCCGACUCGUGUUACUCAACUCUCAUGGAACCCUAGGGCUUUUAUUUACAAAGGCUUUUUAUCGAGUGAGGAAUGUGAUCACCUUAUUACUCUGGCAAAGGAUAAGUUAGAGAAGUCAAUGGUGGCAGAUGAUGAAUCAGGUCAAAGCAUUGAAAGUAAAGUUCGAACCAGCUCUGGCAUGUUUCUUCAGAAAGCUCAGGAUGAAGUAGUUGCUGAUAUUGAAGCCAGGAUUGCUGCAUGGACCUUCCUUCCAGUAGAGAACGGGGAGUCCGUGCAAAUACUACAUUAUGAGCAUGGUCAGAAGUAUGAGCCACAUUUCGAUUAUUUUCAUGGCAAGUCGAAGUGGGGGCGGAGUGGUCACCAUAUUUGCCACUGUACUGAUGUUGAAAGUGGUGGGGAAACUGUGUUUCCAAAUUCAGAGGGAAAGCUUGCUCAGCCCAAGGACGAAAGCUGGUCAGAUUGUGCCAAAAAUGGAUAUGCAGUGAAACCCAGAAAAGGCGAUGCAUUACUGUUCUUCAGUCUUCAUCCUGAUGCAAACAGUUUACAUGGAAGUUGCCUGGGGAUAAAGGGUGAGAAAUGGUCUGCAACAAAGUGGAUCCAUGUCAGGUCCUUUGAUACACUGCAGAGGCACUCCGCGAAUGGGGAUUGUAUCGAUGAGAAUGAUAACUGCCCUAUCUGGGCUAAGGCCGGUGAGUGUGAAAAGAACCCUACUUACAUGGUGGGUUCUGAGGAGUCUUAUGGAUACUGUAGGAAGAGUUGCAAGGUAUGCUCCUCCUAGAAAUUCUUUCUGGGGCUGUUUCUGGAUUCUUUGAAUAGUGAUGGUUAACCAUUUAAUGGUUGUAUAUACUGAUAUUUGAGUUGUGCUCAAUCCACACGCUUUUUGUAGGACUUAACUAUUUAUAUUGUGAAAUGUCAUAUAUUAAAGAUGUUUACUAUCAUUUCCGUUUCGUUUUUCCUUUCUGAAAAUUGGUUUCUAGCUUGAUUAUCAUCUGAAACAUAUCAUUUGAAAUGAAUCACGUUCGGAUUGGGAACACAUUAAACAGAAUGAUUGAACUGUUAGUUAGAUUAAUUCCUUUUCUCUGGUGAGCAUGCAAAUGGUGCCAUUUGGAGGCUAUACUUUGGAGCCAAGUGACUCAGAAGUGCAACAUAACCAAGUAAACUGAUUUUUCAUCAGUUUACUCAGAUUUUCUGAAGCUCUAUGAAGUACUUACCAAGUAAAUUGGUGCUUUAUAAAACUUAAAUACAUAAAUAUGGGUAAUGAAGUUUCACAUCUUGCCAACAAUAUGAAAUCUUAGGCAAUAUGAUACCAAAUUCACCAAUUUCUCAGUUUAAUAUGCUUCAUGUAAUUCAAGCCAUUUGUUACAUUUACUAGUCUUAAGAUUAUGGUAGCUUUAACCGCACGGUAUAUCCCAAAGGCCCAAAAAAUAUUUUCAGUAAUCUC